GGGAAGUAACGAGAGUGAAACAUCGUUGCGAUUCCUUUUCCUGUCUCCGCGCUCGAAAGAGGCAGCGAGCCGGCCGCUGGGAUCGGGACAGACCCGAAGAAGCGGCGGCUUAUUCCGAAGAGACCCAGGGGAAGCCGAGAGAACAACUCUCUAUGCUCAAACCGGAGGAAAGGAAUAGCCCAGAAGAAACCGUGCCUUUAAGAAGCAGCGAGGCGGGAAGAAAUUGAGUUUUGAUCCGGCUGUUUUGCGCAAACUUCCUACGAGCGUGGGGACGAAGGAGAGGAAGCGGGAGGGAGAAGAGGCAGGGCGAGGCGGGCAGGGUGGAACCCGCAGUUUGGCUGUGUCCGCUUCGGACUGAACGAUGCUGUCUAACUCUCAGAAUCAGAACCCUCAAAUACUUUUCCCCAAUCCGCCACCGGCUCCGCCGCCGCCGCCGCCACACCAGCCUCCGCAGCAGCAGCAGCAGCAGCAGCUGGCCCAACAACAACAGCAGCAGCAGCAACAACAACAACAGUUUCCCCAGUUCCACCUGAAGUCUGUCCUCCCGAUAAAGAAAAACGCCAUCACGGAUGAUUACAGGGUCACCACGCAAGUGCUGGGACUGGGGAUUAAUGGAAAAGUUUUGGAAAUCUUAAACAGGAAAACCGGGGACAAAUUUGCCUUGAAGAUGUUGCAAGACUGUCCAAAAGCUCGAAGGGAAGUUGAACUCCACUGGAGAGCAUCUCAGUGUUCCCAUAUUGUGAAGAUCAUGGAUGUCUAUGAAAAUCUUUACCAGGGUCGAAAGUGUCUCCUGAUAGUUAUGGAAUGCUUGGAUGGAGGGGAACUCUUCAGUCGAAUUCAAGAUAGAGGAGAUCAAGCUUUCACAGAAAGAGAGGCUUCUGAAAUAAUGAAAAGUAUUGGUGAAGCCAUCCAGUAUUUACACUCUAUCAACAUUGCACACCGGGAUGUUAAGCCAGAAAAUCUUCUAUAUACCUCAAAAAGGCCAAAUGCUGUAUUAAAACUCACAGACUUUGGUUUUGCUAAAGAAACCACAACACAUAACUCCUUAGCUACACCAUGCUACACACCAUACUAUGUGGCUCCAGAAGUACUAGGCCCAGAGAAAUAUGACAAAUCCUGUGAUAUGUGGUCUCUUGGUGUCAUCAUGUAUAUUUUACUAUGUGGCUACCCUCCUUUUUAUUCAAACCAUGGUUUGGCAAUUUCUCCAGGGAUGAAGAAAAGGAUCAGAAUGGGUCAAUAUGAAUUUCCAAACCCAGAAUGGUCUGAAGUAUCAGAAGAAGUUAAACAAUUGAUUCGAAAUUUGCUGAAAACAGAUCCUACCCAGCGGAUGACUAUAACAGAGUUCAUGAAUCAUCCAUGGAUAAUGCAAUCAAUGCAAGUGCCGCAGACACCUCUGCAUACUAGUAGAGUUUUGAAAGAAGAGAAAGACCUUUGGGAGGAUGUGAAGGAGGAGAUGACAAGUGCCUUGGCCACUAUGAGGGUAGAUUAUGAACAGAUUAAAAUAAAGAAAAUUGAAGACUCCUCUAAUCCAUUGCUCAUGAAAAGGCGGAAGAAAGCAAACACUUCUGAAACUGCAGUUCUCCCUCACUGAGAAUUAAAUAGAGCCUGGUUGAUGGUUGUGAAAGCAAUAAUAAUACUUAUAUAUUUUUAAACGAAAUUGGAAACAAGACUGUCCUAUCAAACACAUGGAAUUCAGUUCUUUAUAUCAGACUAGUUCUAGCUGCCCUUCAUGUUUCUAAGAUGAGGCAGGAAACAGCUGCUGUACAAAUACACCCUUUUAUUAUUUUUAAUUUUUUUAAUGGUCCAAUAGGAAAAAUAUUCUGAUAAUUGGAUUUUUAUUUGUAAAAUCUCCCCUUGAUCCUCAGAAACACUGAAAUUUCUGUGAUAACCUUAUAAGGGUUAAUAAUAAUAUAUAUAUAUAUUUUUAAAAUUACUGUAGAGUUGAAACCCCAACAGAGUCCUGUUCAAAGUAUUAUGGUGUUGAUUGUUUUGUUUUGUUAAAAGAUAAGGCUUUUGGUUUGUUUCAGAGGAACUUCUGGGCCAUUGAAAUGCCAUCUGAAACAAAGGCAUUGUUGAUUUUUUUGUCUUCAUUUAACAAGAACUGUUCUGUUGUUUGUGCAACUUGUAAAGACCUCAGUUUGUAAUCUUAAGAGUUAAUUAAUCAAAUGUCCCAGUGUAAGAUACCAUCUUAAACUGGAAGCCUUCUCUCUUUCUGUCACUCACUGGUAUGCACAGGAUUAUUUCCCCUUUGCUUGUGAUUUAGCAGAUCAUAUAUAAUGCUGUAGUAGAAUGUUUAGUAGAAGGAGGAAGUCCCUACUUUUUGUAGUUUAACUUGAAUUUCUGAGCGAUAAUGGUGGGAUCCAUGAUGCACUCAGAAGUCAAUUAUGAUCUCAGGGUAUUUAGGUGGCAUGACAGAAAGAAGGUGUUUGCUGGUUAACUGAUCUCUUUCACUAGCUGAUCCUGGAGCAGUAUACCAAAAUAUGUCUUGUUGCCCAGUUUCCACCAUCAUCUCAUUCAGUGUCAAACUGAAUCCAUUUAAAAAGAUCUCAUGCUGUUGCAUUUUGUAGCUGCUCAUGGUGGCCCCCUUUUUUUAGGAAUAAAAAAUUACUAAGAACCCACAACUCUUGGGACUGACUACUUACAUAUGAGAUAAGCAUCUCAUGGAAGCUUUAGGUAGCUUCAGAUUCACGUAGGAUGGAGUCUGCCCCUGCCAUAAUGAUGUAAAAGGAUAAAUGCAACAAAAAUUAGCUUUUUUGUUGAAUGAAUACCUGAACUUUUCUAGGUAGUAGUUGGCAAUGUGGCACAAAUAUGUGAUGAUUAUGGUGUGAGUUCUGUUUAGAAAACCAAAGCGCCACAAUUUUAUUUUGAAUAAGAUGGAAUGUAUCUACAAGGUUUGCAAACUUCAGCUGGGAUUAUCUUUUUUUUCCUUGGGCACAUUUGUUUAAAAUUGAGAGUUUUUCUGAUUCUUACAAUUAUUUCAUGGAGGAGAAAAUCUUUAUAUACAAAUUUGCCUCGUUUGCCUGAUGGUCAAUUUUUGUCCCCCACCCCCAUAUAUCCUCCCAUGAAUGGAUAUCUUUUUAUCAUAUUUGUUUUAUUGGUAUUUUUUUUAAGCACACAUACUUGCUUUCCUUUCCAUUUGAAAAGAAAACUUUAGUUUUUAGUGACAUUUUAGACACUGUAAGGAACUUUAAUUUGUAAAAAAAAAUGUUCAAUUUGUUUUGGUGUCUUAUUGCUAACAAGAGGAUUUAGUCUGCUUUCCUGCUUUCCCUCAUUUUGGAUUAAAGACACCUAAUACAUC